UAUAUAUCCCCGCUGUGCACCACGUGACUUCCUUUCCGGUCUAACCUGACAACAUGGAUGCCAGCCGCGUGCAGCCGAUCAAGCUCGCCAGAGUCACCAAGGUGCUCGGAAGAACUGGUUCCCAGGGACAAUGCACACAGGUCCGUGUUGAGUUCAUGGACGACAGCAACCGCUCCAUCAUCAGGAACGUGAAGGGCCCAGUCAGAGAAGGAGAUGUGCUGACACUUCUGGAGUCUGAAAGAGAAGCCAGGAGGCUGCGAUAGUGCCUGCUGACGUUGAGGUGGAGCAGAAGAUUCCAUUUGGAAUGGCCUUCAGUCUCACUUGAUCAGAUGCAUUGAAAUAAAUUUGGCUAUUAAGAUGAGUGAA